GCUGGCUUGGUGUUCAGUUUUGGUUCAGUUCGGGUGCAAUCUUGUGAUAGGUAGUUGCUUGAGUUUUGUUUAUUUUUUUUGAUGUACAUUUUCUUAGUUUUCGGGCGAUAAUUUCCAGCGCCUCAUGAUGUAUUCCCUGCACGGAUCGAACAGCUUCAUCAAGAUGAAUAAAUUCUGCGAGAACACAGAAGGAGGCGACAUAGAUUCGGAUGCCGAGGACCCGGAACAACUGUUGAAUGAAUGGCUGGGAGAGCUGGAUACCCUAACAGGGGGUUUAGACCCGACCGGUUCCACGACGCAUCUGAAGCCGCUCAAUUCGGAAAUAGCCGCCCCUAGGAUAGAUAGUUACAGAUUUUCAAUGGCCAAUUUGGAGGAUUCGCAGGACGUAGACCUGGACGCGAUCCUCGGCGAGCUCUGCGCCUUGGAGACCGUCUGCGAGAGGGAAAUCGGGCAAGCCAGGGAAAAACGGCAAUCAGAGAUACAAUCGGAACCGCACUACAAAAACCGGCCGGACGGCAGGCCGACGUCCGAGGUGCCCAGGAUGAAGUUGGAUCCCGACGACAGCUUGAACAUCAAAAACGAUUCCGGCAGGACCGAAUCUCCCGAUAACGAUUCAGCUUUCAGCGACACGGUGUCCAUGUUGUCCAGCGAAUCCUCGGCCAGCAGCGGCGGCAGCGGCGCCAAGCCGCAAACGCUUCGGCUCCAGAGCAUUCAACAGGACGACGCGUCCAGAGUGAAGGCGGAGAAGAUCAAAAUGGCAAUGGAGAAGAUCAAAGAGGCCAACAUACAGAAAUUAUUCUUGAAGGUUUUCACGACCGAUGGCUCCGCGAAGUCCCUGUUGGUCGACGAGAAGAUGAUAUGCUCUUACGUUACUAGAUUGCUUGCAGAUAAAAACCACGUCCCGAUGGAGCCCAAAUGGGCCAUAGUGGAGCAUUUGCCCGAUUUAUACAUGGAACGUUUUUAUGAGGAUCACGAAUUGUUAGUAGACAAUCUCCUGUUGUGGACGCGAGACUCGAAAAACAAAAUAUACUUCGUAGAAAGGCCGGACAAGAUCAAGUUAUUCCUGCAACCAGAAAAGUUCCUAUUAUCGCCGUCAGACAAAAAAGAAAACCAGGAUUUCGACGAGCACUCCAGAAACAUGUUGCUCGAAGAAUACUUCUCAACGACUAACUCCCCGGAAGUCGAGGGGCCGCUUUACCUAAAAGCGGACUCGAAGAAAGGCUGGAAGAGGCACCACUUCGUCCUCAGAGCCUCAGGCUUGUACUACUUCCCGAAGGAUAAGGUAAAAUCGGCUAAAGACCUCGUCUGCCUGGCGACCUUCGACAACAAUCAAAUCUACUACGGGCUGGGCUGGAAGAAAAAAUACAAAGCUCCGACGGAUUACUGCUUCGCCAUCAAGCACCCCAGGUUGCAGGAGCCCAAGUCCACCAAGUACAUCAAAUACCUCUGCGCCGAGGACCAGGCGUCCCUGGAAAGGUGGAUGGUCGGCAUGAGGAUAGCGAAAUUCGGGAAGCGACUCAUGGACAACUAUCGAAGCCUCAUCGACGAGCUGGCCCAGGAAGAUCUGGAUAUUUUGGCCCACGCCAGAAGUUGUUCCGUUAGUUCCAUCGCCGUGCAUUCGUUUCCUUCUAACGUGACCACUCCCACUCAAGGUUAUCAGAGUAGUGAGGCUGGUUAUGGGACCCAAAGCGAAACGUAUUCGACGUCGACGGAUAUGAGUACGGGCCGGCACAGCAGGGCAAGCAGUUCCAGUUCGAGUGGCUGUAUGUCCGAUGGUGCACCGUCCAGUUGCGAAAAUGCCUUCGAUUCCGAAUUUCCCAUGGGUACAAUAAAACGUAAACCGUCAAUGAAACCCAGCCUUCCUCUGACGAACAUAACGCGACAAUUGAAGGAAGUCGGCGAGAACCGCGACGAGACCGACGGCACCGCCUUGCCCUCCAGUCCCAUCAACUACACCAGUUCCGGUACGCUGACCAGGAGCCACAACCGGCGGAAAUCGAACCAAUCCGAUGACUCCUCCAACACGGGCACCCUCAAGCGGCAGCACUCCUACAAAUCGCGGGGCUCCAUCGAAUCGAUGGGCAGCCGCAGCGGCGGUUCCACGCCGCUCUGCGGCACCCCCGUCAGAGAGCGAUCGUCGCCCUUCAGCGACAGAAACGGCUCGAUCGUGGAGUAUCCUUCGAGCAACGGUUACUUAAGAGGUUCAGUCUCGCCUACUGGAAAUCUACCAUCGUGUAUGACCGACUCGAUUACAUCGUUACCACCGCCCCCGGAAACCAACGGUGACGUUAUUCUCAACAAUUCACCGAACUACUCCCUGCCACCGCCGCCUCCGGAAGUGUACAAUUCGAACCUCUCGCUGGACAGUCUUCCGCCCCCGCCCAACCCCGGCGAUCUACCGCCGAUGACCGGCGGCGACCUCACCGGCAGCCAGCUGUCCCUCAUGUCGCUGCCGCCGCCGCCCUCGGAGGCGGGCACGCUCAGGAAGCGCAGCGGCGCCAGCACGCCGGUGAACGUCCUCAGCCCGGAGCGCACCCCCACGCAGGGCAUGUCGCCCGACCUGACGCCCACCCACUCGAGACUGAACACGCCCGUCUGCAGCCCGCCGCCGUCGAACGCCGGCAGCGGCUGCAGCACGCCCGUCCAGGGCGCCGCGCCGCCGAGCUUCGCGCGCUUCUCGCCGCUGGAGCAGCCCGGCUACGCGAGCCCGCAGUACCGGCAGUCGGGCACGCUGCCCGGCGGCCGCAGCCCCUUCAACAACGCCGCUGGCCUGCGAUCGUCGCUGCGGCAAACGUCCCUGCCCCGGCAGACUUCGUGUAAUAGCAUAGCUUCGACCAACAGCUCCAGCUCGUCGGGCCAAAGCGUCCAGCACAAAGUUAGCUUCCAGGAACCGAUAAGCCCCAAAAAGACUGGUAAAAAGAUUAGUUUUAACCUCACCCCGCAAGAAGUACCGCCGUUACCUAAGAAGCCUCCGCCUCCUAAGAGAGCCGAGACCACCAAGCUGACCAGCCCCAAGAAACUAGCCGAACCGCCGGUGGAAUUCUUGAAGGAUCUCCAGAGAGUCAUGAGGAAAAAAUGGCAGGUGGCGCAAAAGUGCAAGCUAGAGCCGGAGACGACGCCGCACGAGGUGCUGGGCUUCCGGGAUCCCCCGGUCCCGCUGCCCGACUACAAGGAGCACAACGUGUCGAACUGGGUGCAGGAGCACUACGGGCCCAACAACCUCUACGAGAACAUCUACAGGGACAACCAGGAGGCGGUGGUCGACUACGCGACGAGCCCGGUGCACAACAGGUCUUCGGCGGAGUUCAGGUCGAAGAGACCGCCGCCGCCGCCGCCGCCGAAGCGCAGCGAGACGACGCAUUUGAGCACGCCGAAGACUUACUGAUGCCGUGUUUGUUAAUGCGCGAGGGUGGGAAAUGAGCUCAAAUUUCGGCAUAUCGGAGUCCUGUAACGUGUGCUAUGGUAUGGGAUUGUAUACAGUGCGAUUCGAAAGGUUCGUAGCGUUAGUUUUUGGGGGAAAAUGGAGGCUAAAAAGUACUAUUUGAGGUGCAAAUGAGCCUUUUUAUUGUCUUUUAAGAUUGUUUUUUGGUGCGCACUGUAUAAAACCAGCCAUAUGAAUAGAAAUUAGCUUCUGGUGUAAUUCUUACAGCUUUGAUAUAAAGUUAUAAUUCUUAAUUUUAUAUUAUUGCAAAUUAAAGUGAGCCUCUGUCAGAAUUAUUAUAGCAAAAUUCUCGAAUAUACAGUAAAGAUUAAGUUAUUUUGAUAUAGGAAAUUAUAACAAUUUAUUCAUUGUCCAAUGGUUGUAAAUCUCGCUCAGAAAUUGGACAUUUGAUUGCGAAAGAACUCUAACAGAGGUUAAUUUUAACUAAUUUAUAACGCGUCACGGCGCUAAGAAAUUUGUAAAUACGCUAAAAAUAAUCAAACGAAAGCUAUGAAUAUACAUUUAUAAAAUUAGAGAGAGAAUGAGGCUUAAAAUAUAGCAUUUCUGAAGACAUGCUAGUGUAUACAUUCUAAAAUAAUUAAUAUUUACCAAUAAUUAUACAUUAUAAUUCGUGAUGGGUACUUUUAACCGAUUCUUUUACAAGGCUUAAGGGUAUUUUUAAGUCCCUGUAGGUAAAUGUGUAUAAAAAAUAGAACAAAAAUUGCAAUGAGGUCAGUUCCUCGUUACCCUUAUAAAAGAAAAGGAACAAAAGCGAUCCAAUUACAGAAACUAGAUCUAAUUUGUUGGUAUUUGGAAAAAAUUGUUGAAAUUUGAGUUUAUUUUUCCCUCGCGCGCAGGAUAACAGCACUGCCAAUGAAAAGUCUGCGUCGGAAUGUGAUUUUUUUUAAAUUAAUUGUGCCAUUUUCUUGAUCGUCAAGAACUCCCUUAAUUAGAUUAAUCUUAGGAUGCUUAAACGAGAGGUAACCUUGUUGUACAUAUUAAGAAUUAUAGUUAAAUUAUUUAUAAAUAAAAAAUGUCAAACAUUGAUGGUGCUUAUAAAAUAUCCAUCGGACACCGGUGUAGAAAUAUUAAUCGGAAAUUGAAUGGUUUUGUUUAGAAAUUUUGUUGCGAUUUUUGAUGUUAUAUUUUUAUUUCUAUAACGAAAUUAUAUUGACAACAAAUGAUGUUUUAAAAAGUUGUUGAUUGGUUUAAUCCCUCUAUUGGAAUAAACCAGGAGGUAGGAAUUUUUUGAAAUUUUAUUUAGAAUUUUUAUUUUGUUAAUGGAAUGUUUUCGAAAGUCUAUCUACUUACUUUUCUUAAGGAUUCUUCGCAAUGUCUGAUGGAUUAAUAGUUAAACAAGUUUCAACGGAUGUAGUAAAUUUUGUGUGUUUUAUAAAUUUUAUAACAAUUUUUACCUAUAUUAGUUUAAAAAUAUUUAUACGAUGAUAAUGAAGUUACAGGGUUUCGAACGACAGUUGUUUGUAUGUUUUAAAUUUAUUUUUUCUGUCGUAGGUGAUUUUAUCGCAAUUUUCAAUGGCAAAAGGAAUCAAUCUAAAUUACUAAAUAAAUGUAUUUUUUUGAUCCAUCGUAGUUACUCUAGUAAUGUUAUGAUCGUUUCAAUUAAUAAAUUAACACAUUUACUAAUCUCGGUUUGAUUAAGUAAAAAACUAGUCGUUAUCAUAAUCAUCACACUCAUCAUCAUCAUCAUCAUUAGAUUUGUUCUAUUUCUAAGUUUUCAAUUGAUUUUUAUAAGAAUUAAUUUUGAUUUUGGCGAUUUAUAAAAUUAUGAUAAAGUCUCUUCUACGAAUUUCUGCUAUACUCUGUAUGUAUGUAAUACUUUUGUAAAUAAACUUUAAGUAUUCAAGUAACUGUAAUAUACUGAUACACGAUUUUUACGUAAUGUUUAUUGAUCUCUGCAAUGCCAUUAUUACAUGUUUUUGUACGUUUUAUACUAGCAUAUUGUUACAUGAAUAUACUUACAGAAUAAGUUGUUUAAUAACGAUUUUUUCGGACAUGUAUAAGUUGUUUGAUUUCAAGGGAUUGUCGCAGCACAAUGGGCGAUUUUCAAAGUUUCUACAUAAUACAUAUUACCACUGCGAUUUUUUAUAUAUAUUAAUGAUUUUAUAAAUUGUGUGCACUUCUCGCAGAUAAUCCAGAGCAAGGAUUUGCUAAUUUAUUUUGUAAUGUUUUCUUGUUUAUAUGCGAGACUUGUACACGUUCAGAAUGCCAUUUAAUUUUUUAAAUUGUCUUUGAAAUAAAUUA